AUGAUGCAGAGAAUGGCCUUCUGGCGGCCGCAGCAGCUGUGGCAGGGCGCUCGCAGCAGAGCGCGGAUCGUAGCCCCGCUGGGGAUGCGCGUGACCCAGCGACAUCGCUUCGCCAGCUCCGGCCGGGGGAAUCUCUUCGACCCAUUCCAACUGCUGGCAUCUGAACUCAACCAAGUCAAAGAAGACGUUCAUGCUCUCGUCGACUCGGCCGACCCCGCGCUAGCAUCGAUUGCGAAAUACUACUUCGCCUCACCCCAACCCGGAAAACAUCUCCGACCGCUCCUCAUCUUGUUGGUCUCGCAAGCCACCGCCGCCCCUCUGUCGCCCGAUCAUUACGAAGCUCCUCGAAUCAACACACCGAUCUCGGCACCUGAUAUCCUCGAUGAUCCCAACCCUUUUGCGCCGCUCACGACGGCUUCGAUCACCCCAGAUGCGACCAUCUUACCAGCCCAACAGAGGCUAGCCGCGAUAGCCGAACUGCUCCAUGUGGCCUCUCUUUUACAUGACGAUGUAAUCGAUUCUGCUGAGACUCGCAGGGGCCAGCUCUCGGCGCCCUUGAAGUUCGGCGGCAAGCUCUCAAUCUUUGCCGGCGAUUUCCUGGUUGCUCGGGCCUCAAUGGCCCUUGCCCGUCUGGGAAACUCUGAAGUCAACAAAUUGGUCUCGAGCAUAAGCAUGGAGAUGAUCGAAGGCGAGAUCGUCCAACUCGCUACCAUCCUCAACAAGUCACCCUCUUCCUAUCCAUCUGCUGCUCCUGAUGUUCACCUGCAAGACCCUCCCAUUCCUCACUCGUUUGAUGAGACUCUGUUCGACGCAUAUCGCCGUAAAAACUACCUCAAAACUGCAUCAAUCAUCUCUAAGUUUUGUCAGGCUGCUGUUCUCUUGUCUCCAAUAUCAAGCCAGGAUGAAUCGUUAGUUACAGCAAGCUAUGAAUACGGGAACCAUUUAGGUCUAGCUUUCCAAAUUGUGGAUGACAUUUUAAAUUUUACGGGGUCCAAUGAGUCCUACGGGAGGGCCGGAGACUGGUCGGAUCUGAAAUCAGGCUUGAUCACUGCCCCAGCUCUAUUUGCAUGGAAAGAAUGUGGGAGCAAGUUUGGCGAGCUAGUCAGUCGAGGGUUCAAGGAUACUGGAGAUCUUGAUCUAGCUGGAAAAAUGAUUGAUGAUUCUGAUGCAAUCUCCAAAUCUUACCAAUUGGCUGCCCAUCAUGUCCAGAUCAGCCAGGCUCAGUUAAAUCAUUUCCAAGACUCAUCUGCUAAGCAAGUGUUAAAUCAAAUAUCUAACUCAGUCUUGGACAGGAAACAUUAG